AUGAGUAUAAAUGAGGCUAGUGUUAAAAUUAAUCGUGAAAGAUCCCCUAAUAGGCUAAUCGCUAAUAAUGAAAAUGAUAAUGAAUUGCUUAGGGACCUAGUCAAGACGCGUGGCAUAUUAAAAAGCAGGCUUACUAAAUUUUCUAAGGCCGUUAGUGAUAUUACCCUCGAGCAAUUAACGAAUCAAAAAUGUGCCGAUGUAAAAUUACGCAUGCAAGGUAUUACAAGCUUAUUUGCAGAGUUUAGCGAUGUUCAAACAAAAAUCGAAAAAAUUGUACGAGAUUCAGAUUUAGAUUCACAGCUGACGCAACGAGAAUUGUUUGAAGAUUGCUAUUAUCAUGCACUAGCUCAAGCUGAAUGUUUGCUCAAAUCGGUAGAGGUCACUAGCGCGUCCAGUAAGGGCAGUAAUAGGGCGUCACAGUCUAUAAAACUUCCGACCAUCUCCCUACCUGUAUAUGAUGGAACGUAUGAGCAUUGGAUCGAAUACAGAGACAUUUUUCUAUCUCUAGUACACAAUUCCGAUGAAAUUAGCGAUAUUCAGAAAUUCCACUACCUAAAAUCGUCACUAAAGGGAAGCGCGGAGUUAGUUAUCGAUUCCUUAGAAUUCUCUGCUAGUAACUAUGUGGUAGCAUGGGAACUACUUCUCAACAGAUACAACAAUAGCAGUCUGUUGGUGCAUAACCACGUUAAGGCCUUAUUUACUAUUCAAAAACUUUCUAAGGAAUCACCACAUGCACUCAGAAAACUAACAGACAUUAUUCUAAGAAAUUUACGCGCAUUAAAAAUAUUAGGUGAGCCUACUGAGUACUGGGAUACUUUAAUCAUAUUUAUUAUAACGUCUAAGUUAGAUGAAACCACCGAACGUGAAUGGGAACAAUUUAAAUGCACCACACGAAAAUAUAUUAAUGAUAAUUCUUCACUGAAGGUAGAUGAUUUACUUAUGUUCCUCAGAGACAGGGCUGACAUGUUGGAAACAUUGCUAGUUUCACACAGGGUUAACAGUGACGUUAAAACUCAAAACGCGACUUCACAACAAUCGUCAUAUUAUCCGUCACAUAAAAAAUCACAACAUAAAGUGCACUGCAAUGUUUCCACCAAUAAGUCACAGCAAGGUCGAAUCACGUCUACUAAAAAAUCGUGUUUAAUGUGUAACGCCGAUCAUCCACUUUAUUCAUGUCAAACAUUUUUGGACACUAACUUAGACGCUAAACUGCAAUUUAUAACCGCAAAUAAAUUAUGUGAGAACUGUUUACGUCCAGGGCAUUCAGUUAGUAUGUGCAAAUUUGGACCUUGCAGACUGUGUUUUAAAAAACACAACACGCUUAUUCAUAAUAACGUGACUGAUCGAGUAGCGGUCGUAUCAAUGCAUCUAGCCGACAACGAAACCCCGGGUUCUAGUCAAAUGACCCCCGCGACCGUCGCACCGCCCGCGCAGUCCAUCCCCGCGCAAAUUCAUUCGUCUCGAUCCACUUGCGAAAUUCGAGGUGUCGGCAACACAGUAACAACGUCAUCACAGAUAUGUGAUAUCGAGAUCAAAUCACGCAUUGACAAUUACUCCGCACGCAUUAAAUGUUUUGUGUUGCCGCACAUUACAUCUACGCUACCUACUGCGAUGUAUAGUCAACGCGCGCAGUCUUUUAUGAUACCUGACUAUAUACAGCUGGCUGAUCCACAAUAUUAUGAAUCUCAAAAUAUUGAUAUUUUAAUAGGCGCAGACUUAUUUUGGGACUUAUUAUGCGAAGGUAAAAUGAGAUUACCCAAUGGACCCUUUUUACAAAAUACAAGGUUAGGUUGGAUUAUUUCAGGGCCUAUUGAGUUUAACACGCACAAUAUCAAUACGUCUGUCCAAUGUAACUUCACUCAAUCCAUUGACACUCAGUUACGACGGUUUUGGGAGUUAGAAGAGGUGCCUAAAACUAGUGACAUACAGACUGACGAAGAACGCUCUUGUGAGGAAGCUUUCAUUCGUACUACCACGCGCAAUAGUGACGGAAGGUUUUGCGUCAGCUUGCCACUGAAACAGUCGCCAUCUGUUUUGGGUGAAUCUUUGUCACAAGCUGAACGUCGUUUUUUGGCACUAGAGAGGCGAUUAGAACGUAAUUCUAACUAUAAAAAAUUAUAUAUUGAAUUUAUACACGAAUACAUCGAAUUAGGUCAUAUGACGCGAGUAACUUCAUAUGGAACCCCACACUAUUUCUUACCUCAUCACGGCGUGUAUCGUGAGCACAGCAGCACAACAAAACUUCGCGUGGUGUUCGAUGCAAGUGCCGCCACAAGUAGUGGAGUGUCUUUAAAUGACAUUCAACAAGUCGGACCUCCUUUGCAGCGUGAUUUAGUUGACAUCCUGCUUCGUUUCAGACAACAUAGAUACACUGCUUGUGCAGACGUCGAAAAGAUGUACAGGCAGUGUCUCUUAAACGAAUUACAACGCGAUCUCCAGUUGAUUGUGUGGCGUGACAAUCCAUCUGAACCGUUAGGUAUUUACCGACUGAACACGGUAACGUAUGGGACAGCCUCCGCACCGUUUCUUAGUGUUAGGUGUCUAAAGCAGCUGGCACUCGAAUGUAAGGACUCAGCCGUCCAACAAAUAAUUUUAAAUGAUUUUUAUGUAGAUGAUAUGAUUACAGGUUCAGAUGACAAGGAGGAGUUGCUUGUACUCUGUAAGAAGGUCACUGAUGUCUUAAGUUCUGGUGGAUUUCACUUAAGAAAAUGGAUAUUUAAUUUUAAAUGUGAUGAAUUGUUGGUUCAUCAAAUUCCAAAUAAUAACGCAUCACAGGAAUUAACAUUAGGAGAAAAUGUUCAGUGCAAGACAUUAGGUCUUGGAUGGUACUAUGCAUCAGACGAGUUUUAUUUUAAUACUCAAGUUAAAGUUGAUACGUACAAGAUUAGUAAACGAACCAUUUUAUCGCACGUUUCUCAAAUAUUUGAUCCAUUGGGAUUAUUAAGUCCGACCAUUAUAAUAGCCAAAGUUUUAUUGCAAAAACUAUGGUUAUUACAACUAGGAUGGGAUGAUGAGGUACCGCGAGACGUGUUGCGCGCAUGGACCGUAUUUGUAAAGGGCUUAUCAAUGCUUAAUACCAUCCGCAUACCCCGUCAUGUUACAGCUAACGAAGCGAUAUGUACAGAGCUACACAUCUUUACCGAUGCAUCGCAGACUGCAUACGGCGCUUGCAUCUACGUUCGAACAGUAACUAAUAACGGACUUGUAUCGGUAAAAUUGUUAUGUUCAAAGGGUAAGGUUGCACCUUUAAAACCUGUCAGUAUCCCGCGACUAGAAUUAUGCGGAGCUUUACUUGGGGCUCGACUUUAUGAUAAAGUAAUUAAAUCACUUCGUCGUCAUUUUGAUAACAUCAUGUUCUGGACUGACUCGACCAUAGUACUAGGAUGGUUACACAUGUCGCCUAAUUUACAAAAAACUUUUGUACAAAAUAGAACGGCAGAAAUACAUGAGUUGGUGAAGGAACUUCCAUGGCGUCAUGUCAGUGGGAAGGAAAACCCAGCUGAUCUGGUCUCGCGUGGUGUUCAGAUGGAGGACCUUUCAUCUUCUACUUUAUGGUGGGAAGGCCCAUUUUUUCUUCGUCACACUAACUUCAGUUGCAAUAAUGUACCGUUAAAUUCAUUUGACUCUCAGCAACUAUUGCCUGAGCUGAAAUCCAGUGUGACGCAUUCCUACGCUACUGAUCAAGACUGCGAACACACGAACACAAGCAGUUGUUGCACGCAGCUCCACAGGCGCUUCUUUAUAACUUACGUGAAACGUGGUGGCCAAUUGGCGGUAGAAACUUAG